UCGGGACAGAAGGGGCGGUGCAUCACAUUGUGCCUGCAGACAGUUCAGCUGCGGAUUGACAAAAGUGCCUUGAAGUGUGCGUGCGUGCGUGGUUUGCUUGUUGUUAUAGGGUUACACGUUUCUGCUGCCGCCGCCGUUGCUGUUGUACGUCUCCCUCAAUGAGUGGCGUCGAUACUCUCUGUCUGGGCGCCUGCACGCUAGCUGCCACGGCCACCGCCACUCUACACCACCACGGCAUCUGUGUUGCCGUCAGUCUCCACGCAUCGCCAGCAUCCAUAAUUUCUUUUCUUUAAUUACACAGAAGACUGUAAUGAAAUUAAUUGGCAGAAACAAGGCACACUGGCACUGUGUAGCUAACUCUUUAGCCAAUGAAAACUUUUUUUUAUGAUUGAGCGGGAAGAUAUCAUGGCUAUGAUUGGCUAGCGCUCGAGUCUAAGCUCCGCCCCCAACGUGAGCGCGAAGGGUCUCGUGUGUAGCGUACGCUGAGUGUGCUUGUUACCUUGGUGGAGAGAGGAUCUCUGUGGCUCUGGCGGUGUUUCUCAAGCGUCUGUGAGUCUGUGCGCCGGAGUGUUGUUGUGGUGGAUGAGUGUGGUGGUGGGGGAGAGUGGUGGCGGAGGGCGCGGAGACCCCCUGCGGGGAGUGGGCGAGUAGCCACGGCCGCAACUAGACUGGCUCCUCACCAUCAUGGAUGUAUUGCCCAACGGCGGCAUCUUCAAGGAGCUGCAGCUGGUGCAUGACACCGGCUACUUCUCCUCGGCAUGCAGCCUGGAGGAGCACUGGCAACAGGUACGUUGAGUGGGCUGCUUGCUCUGCUUUAGGGAUAACGGAGCAGCGAUGGAGAAAAUGCUCAUGGCCAGGAAAUAUUAGUGACCGUCUCAAAAAGGAACGUGAGCUUUUACUUUGGUACUGUGGAUAUUCACAGAGCUGCCUCGUAUCCUGCUACCAACUGCUACGAGAUGGAUCGCUACCUGAAGGACGAGCCUCGAGUAAAAGGAGGACGAAAGCUUGGUAGCUGCGAUAUCGACGCUUUCUACGAAGAGUUUUCUCACGACUCUCAAGCACAACCGGUGCGCUUCUACACCAAACUGGGUCGGCCCGUCAAAGGUGGCCGCAGUUCACGCUUUCUGGUGAAGGUCAAACCUGAAAUCCUUAGCGCAGAAUUCAACAUCAAGCGGGAACAUUAUGACCGCGAAACCUGCGAGAAGACAGACCACAUCAACUCCGAUGUAGUUGUCAAAGACGAACCAUUAGAGGACCUCGAUGACCCACUGAGUCAAGAUGACCUGUGUGGCUCAGAGCGAUCGCUCGACUCCGUGUCUGUGUCCUCUUCUUCCUCAGCCUCAUCUCUCGCCUCCUUGGAAGGUGACCUCGAUGCCCCCAGCAGUGUGGGUGCCCAGAGCCCCACUCGCGGUCGGUCCCUAGUCUCUUGGGCGUCAUCAGAAGAUAUGGCGACGGACGCGCGACUUGAAUCCGGUGCGCGACGCUCGUCAAGCACGUCGUUCUUCGGGGCGGCGAAGCUCCUAGCUGCCAAGUCAGCCCCCAACAUAGCCACCUUGACGCCACCCUCCUCCCCGGAGACGUCGCCAACCGCCCACACACCUACGCUCCUAAAGGUUCAUGCCCGCUCACAAGUGCCAAAGUAUAUCUCCUUCACCACCUCCUUGCCCCUCAAGACCAGUAACAACAACAACAGCAGUAAUCUAACACUGGGCGUUCGAGGCAUGGUGGGCGUCCACCCGCGGGCGGCAGACACUUCCCCAGACGCCAAACGCAGGGUGCAUAAAUGUCUCUUCCCCGGCUGUAAGAAAGUCUAUACCAAGUCCUCGCACCUUAAGGCCCAUCAGCGCACACACACCGGUGAGAAGCCUUACCGGUGUUCGUGGGAAGGCUGUGAGUGGAGGUUCGCUCGAUCCGACGAACUCACCCGCCACUUCAGGAAACACACGGGUGCCAAGCCCUUCAAGUGCCACCACUGCGGGCGCUGCUUCUCCCGCUCCGAUCACCUGGCACUCCACAUGAAGAGGCACCAGUGAGGUCGGCCAAAGUGUCCUGACCUUGAUGUUUAACCGCAACACUCACGAUAUCCCAGCACAGCAAGACCAGCACAAGAAGCACCAAUCUUUACCUCCCCGACGUCAGCGUCACCGCAUUGCUCCCCCGGGCUGGCAAUGAGCUUGUCUCCUUUCUGACCUCGGAACAACAGUGACCCCAACGUGACCUUUCUUUACUCUAGCUGAGUGACAUGUGAGGGAAGAUAACUAGGUUUGAGCGAGGGCCGCGCUCUGGACCCAACGAAGAGUGGACGCGUCAUGGGUUACUGGUGCCGUGAAAUCCAGAUUUUUGAAAACAAUAAAUUGCUAUUUCUGAACUAAAGUUAUAUAAUCUGGAGUUUUGUCAGCGGAGGAUGUAAUCUGUGGCCAUUAUGUCCAGAAGGUGCAUAGGGAGGGAAUGUUUAUUACAUACAGAAACUGACUGAUUAAAGAAAAUAUGGGCAUGGUUUGUCCCCAGAAACUCGUGUUAUUUUGUGUACAGUGUAGGUGGUAAGAUGGCCGCCGACGAUUGUGUGGUGGCAUAGUGUAGUGGAGAAAGAUAACUAAACGUUUACGUAUGUGAGUGGUUGCCUUCAAACAUACCAGUGAUCAUUUUCUUUGUACUGCAAGACUUUCAACAUUCUCAGAAAGUCACUUCAAUUCCUCGGAUACAAAACUAUAAAAUUCAAGUAAAGAAAAUGAUCCUCUUGUUGUCUUCUCUUUUUAUAUUUGAAUUUCAGGACAGAAAGUAACCACGAUUUAAGUUUAAAAAUGCUAGAUUUUAUCUUGAAAUGUACAAAACGUCUCGAUGUAUCGGUAAGGAUGCAUACCGUGUACUGUUGUAAUACUGGUGUCUAGCGCUGUACAUACAACAUUAAUGUAAGGAUUCUGUACCACUGCCAUGCUACUUGAGGCAAGGAAAAUAUCAAGUGUGUGAUUGUGGUAACUCCUCACUGUCUGAGUCUACCGCCCGUCACAUCAAAAACAUUCUUAUUCAGUUUGUGUUCAAAUCGACUUAUAACACUAAAUCUGUCUAAGCGAUGCAGGGAGGGUGUUCGCGGAGCUGAGGGCGAGGAGUGAGAUGACGCAAGGCAUCAAAGCCCCUUGAGAACUAUCUUCUUGACUUGGGUCCUCGAAGAGCGUGCGAGACGCUGAUCCGAGUAGUGGGUCAGGAGUAAUUCUAUUUGGGCUGUGGUGUUCCUGCGCCAGUCUUGCACCAGAUGACGCCCAAGGCUCCGGCAAGGUGACACACUCCUUGCCAUCACUGAGUGGUGUGGCGCCGGCUGGACUCAUACACACAACACUGUUUUUUAGAUAUCAUUCACAGUCCUCAAGAGCUCGCUGGUGAUAUGCAUUCAGAACAAUAUUGUUUGUAACAGUGACAAAGGAACGUAUUAUUUUUUAGAUGUGAGAGAUACAAGUCCCUUAGAGCUCUCUCCCUCUCUUGUCACAUCUCUUCUCGCGCCGAUAACAAUUCGUGUCUCAAAAAUAUACGGUCAGUAAUUGAAAAUAUACAUCAUUCAUAGAAAAUUCGUAAAAAAAAUCGUGUAUCAAACAUAAAGAAGAAAAAAUAAUAUACAACACCUACGUGCUAAACAAAUAUAUCAAAGAUAGUGUGCUUUGAAUUUUUGGGGUCGACUGAUGCACAAGGAUAACAGGUGCGUCUUUGCGAGCAGCCUGAAGCAGGACCAGGUGAGCUGCGUGCCUGGAGGACCUUCCUGACUAAAGGCGCCAUGGCAAAAUAAACAAAGGUAGAUAAAUUGCAUCACAGGAAGGAACGAGGUCGCGGUACAAACACGUAGACCAACAAGCAAAACAGAAGGAAAUGUUGCGAAACAUUAUAUGGAAAAAGAACAAAAUGAACAAGCGAUGAAAACUGGCUAAUACAGAUAGAUAUUUUAGAAGGUCCUGCAAAAGUAUUGUUCUUGAGGUGUAAAUAUCCACAUGUAGAGGAAAGCCAGUUCUAAAGACCUUUAAAUCACAAAACUGCGGUGACCUUCGAUCACGCCACAACCAUAGAAAAGUGGAACAGAAUACAGUGAGAAUCUGGUAAAAAUGCGUGAAAAAGAACAACUUGCCAAACAAUAAGCAGACACAACUAACCACGCAGCAGGACACACACACACACACACACACACACACACACACACACACACACACACACACACACACAGUGCCAGACCCACAACUACCCGCAAGGUACAGGAGCCAGCAAUACCCAGACAUAGCAAGCAUCGUCACACGCACGCCGGCGCUCAAAUCUGCAACUCUCAGCAACCAUUCCAUAACCCUGCCCUCGUGCCCUGCCCAAAGUGUCCUUUUUAUAUUUCAAAUUCAAUAUUUUUCCCCUUUUGAGUCUUGACGCUCAUUUGUUCACUCGCUAGUAACAAACGAUAUAAUAGCAUGUGAUUCGUAAUUAUUAAAAAUACUUAUUUGAUAUUUAGCCUAACGAAGAGUAGCUAAAAAAAACGUACAAUGACUUUUCCUGACAUUCUGAAUUUUUACGAUAAUGAAGUAAAAGUAAAAAAUGAAUAAAUUAUAUAUAUCACUAUAAAGUAAUAUAUACACUGAUCAAGCACGCAUCUCGACAGUUAUUUUUGUAUCGUUUUUAAUUUCACAUCUUCUCUAGCCCCGACGGUCUAGCGGGAGUGUUGUUAAGCCCGCCAGCAGCACAGCAGCACAGCAGCAGCCGCAGCCGCAGCCGCCGCAGCAGCAAGGCGAAUUUGGACACGCCCCGACCCCCUCCCUUACUCAACAGUUACCCAGUUCUCAUAUGGUGCUAAAGCCUGUCUCAUACCUCAGUAACUCCGCGCUAGGUAACAACAAAGAAAAAAAAAUGAUAUGCCGAAGGAAAUGCAGCAUAGUAUGUACAUGCAACAAAAUCCUCCUGGAGGUUAGAGCUACUCAGUCAGUCAGGCGGGAAGACGCCUCAAUACAUCACAUCUCGACUCCGGGAGGAUGAACGAACGCUAACAGUAUGCCGUUUGAUUCAUUCGCAACCCAGAACGUCAAGUCAUCACUAUUUUCGUGGAGACGCUGGAAAGCAAAGCUGUAAAUAUAUAUAUGUAUGUGUGUACCCCGCGGGAACACCGAGGCAACCACUACCCGCGUGUCCUCGGCUCCUGUUCUCCGCGACUUAGCGCUGAUUACUGGAGAGAAAGGAGGGACGGUUUUAUACUGUAAUAUAUAGAAGUAAGACAAAAUCCUUUACAGAAAAUGCAAUUAUCUUUCCGCUUUGGUCGACAAAAAAUAUUUUGAGAAGGGAUAUUACGUAUUAGACCCAUGAUAUCAGUAACUAGGAUAAAUAUAUAAAUGUAUAUAUUUAUUUUAAUCUCUUUUUGACACUUGGAAUAAAAUAAAAACUGAUGAGAAAACAAAUCUAGAAGUAUUAGAAAACAAAUUCGCUUGAACACGAACAGUUAAGUGUAAAAUAAACCCACGUACCCAAACAAGCGUAUCCAAGAGCGAUCAUUAAUGUGGCUGGUGAAGAUCCAAGUAAAUGUGUACCAUAGGACCUUAAAACUUAUAUAUAAAAAAAAGAAAGGGCAAAGUUCCAUCACUAUUACCAACACAUUACAUCACUUGCCAUUCUGUUCACUGGGGGCAGUCAUCUCCGGCAGGCAGACUGUUCACACGUGCUCACCUUCUCGGAUCACCGUUCAAUACCAACUUCAUCCAUGUUUGUUUUUGAGUUGAAAAGCAAACCUUGGCUUAUCUUGAUAUUGAUCUACUCACUAAUCAUCUAAAAAUCGUAUUGUCUGAUAAUACAAUUCUCUAUCACUUUUCUGAUAUUUGGAACGAGUACAACAGUGAACCGAGAGUGAACCCCAGACUUGUGUUUGUCAACAGCUGUGGUUCUGGAGCCUCGUCUCUGAACACUCUGGUCGCCGUGGACGCAACCACUGUCUUAGGAUUAAAGGAAAAAGUUAUUUGCGCUGUGACGUAAGGUAAAUCCCUGGAUCUGAGGGCAACAAAGUGUCACCCCAUGGUCAAAGAUAGUCACAGUUAUCACGAUAAUCUACCACACACCAAUAUGAACAAACAUGAAAACAUAAUAUAAAAAAAAUACCAGAAAUACAAAAUAAAAACACGUCAUUCCAUCCGCUGACGUCCUUGCUCAGUGCAUGUAUGACUGUGGGUUGUCAUUUUCUUUCCCCGCGGAGCCAGACUUUAGAUCAUAGGUCUGUAGCAUUUUAUUGAAUGUAAAAGAUUAACCCCACGUCUUCAGGGGUAGCUUAAGCUUUAACAAAACACUACAUAGCAUAUACAAGUUCUAUCUUCCCCCAGCUCUCUCUCUCUCUCUCUCUCUCUCUCUCUCUCUCUCUCUCUCUCUCUCUCUCUCUCUCUCUCUCUCUCUUUAAUCCAUCAUAGAGCCAAAUAUAUGUACCAUCGUAGAGCAUUUGCAUCAGGCAGCUUCACCUUGACCUGAUCUGACCUCACAACACCACUUCUUCCAUCAUUUACUUAGAUUGGCUAAAACUUCACGUCCAUUUACUUAUUAAGCUUAUCAUUUAUUUUCAGCAUCAAUUAAAAGUAAAACGAGAUUUUUCCGAUUAUUUCUUUCAUCAUGGUCGUUUAUUUUUGCUCAACCUUUCAACUCGGACAGGUCAGAGUAAAGUUGCCUCCAUACUGAAGCGGGGUCCCACAGCCCAUGUUCAGGCAGGAGACUUCACAGUACCUUAGGUCAGAGUAACGUUGGUCGAGGUUUAUGUGGAACACCCUCUCCUCCCUCCUCCCUUUACUGUGAAAACACAUGAAUGUACACACAAAAACUAAAAGAUAAAGUCAAUGAGGCUACAACUCCAAACAAGUGUGAAGAAGUAUGAAAAUUCUAGAUAUCUCUGUCACUAUUAGACUCCUUAUUAGAAUCCCUGUCACAGCCUGUUAUUGAUAUAAGCGAACGACAGUUGCUCAAAUCGUAGAUGAGACUUGUACAUGCUACCAUAACAGAGGGAACUGCGGGAGGCAUCAUGCGCCUCUCCUCGCCCUCCUCCCCCUACUCUCCCAUUGCUACCUUCCUCUUUCCGGGCAGGAAGGGGGAGUGAGUGCCUCCCUUUGAUCCCCUACCCCCUCCCAAAUCAAGGGGAAGAGAGCGGGAUUCAUUGGCUUCCCCGUCACCUCAUGAACCUCCUAGGUGCUGAGGAUCGCCUGCCCCCACUCCUCUCCCCCCUCUGCACGUCUUACAUCUUGACUCCUUCGCCUCGUGCAUCCCAGCUUCCGUGAGGCAGCGACAUUCACUAAACCGUGAGAACUUCAAGUAUAGAGUUUCAGCAUAUCGUAAAAAAUGCUUUGAGUCAUUUUCACUUGCUUUUCGCAUAUUCAUUACGUAAAUUUCAUUCUGAUGCACCAAAACGCGACGUGGCAGUAAACAUUAUAAAUAAAGAUUUCUGUUACUAUUUCUAUUUGUUUUAGUUUAAUUUUAGUCUGCGAAUGCACGGAUACAGAGUAAAUAUUUAUGUUAUAAGUGCCAUGCCAUCAUCUCGGCAGUUGGGAUCCACUUGCGUCUUCUCCAGUUCUAUAUGUAAAUACAGUUCUUCUACUUUUAUUACCUUUUCUACUAAAGAAAAUAGAAAGGAAUUUAUGUUUGUAUUUAAAAUGAAUUCUAAAGAAGCAUUUAUAAUUAGAUUCUCUUAGGUAGUGUUCUAUAGAAAUAUAAGGUAGUAGGCGUAGUCCUCUAGAAUUGUGUAUUCUGUUUUGUUUGCCUUGAUUUUAUUGUUAGUUUAUUUGGAAUGCUACAUCGAAGAGCGAUAAAUUGCGACGGCUUGCCUUUACUUAUUUUAUAAAUGGGUACAAUGCUUCAGUGAUCAAUUAUACCGACGUCAGCCUGAGGGAAAGCAGCAGUGGAAGGCUCUGUGCUGCUCUUUCCUUCAGCAGAGGUACUGUUUACAUUGGCUAGUCUGGCCCGGCGGCGGCGCGGGACACAAGUUCCCGGGGCCUGUCAGGUGUCCGAGCUCCUUCAUCUGAGUUACAAGUGUUAGCAACCAAUUUCUUAAUCAGAAUAUGGGGAAGGGGAGAGUCAGGAUGAAAAUUACUAAUGUUUCAAAACGAAAAGGUCCCUCAAAAUUCUAAUGACAUUACGAAGUUGUGCUUCCUCUCUGCAUAUCACGUAAUUUCGUCUUUAAGGUUAAGGAUCCCUACACGACACUAACUAGAGAAGUAAUGUGAACGAUUCCAUAAUCUAUGGCGGGUCCUUGUCCCACACAUGGGCCUGACGGGCGGUCCUGCUCCGUGGUGAAGUAUUGAAGAGCUAGACAUGUGUGCUUAGUAAGGCAGGAGCUCGGCGCCCGGGGGACUCCGCCGCCGCCACCCCCUGUCGCGGCCUCAACAGUAGAGUGACGAUGAAACAAUGGAGUUUUGACAGUUCUGUGAUGUUUAGAGAUUGUUAAGAAUCUUUUUAGUGUGAGAGCAAUUGUGAGUUGGGUGAUUAUAUAAAUGUAUCUUUCAAAACAACCUCAAGAUGUAAUUCACUAUAUAUUCGUAUGUACCUAUAUGGAUAAGCUAUAUACGAUUAUAUGAUGGAUAUAGAGUCCCCAUCGGCCUUAGUCAACACAAGCAAACGCAACAAUCACCUCUCUCCCUUAGAACUAAAAAAUUUCGUUGUAGACAACUUUAGAUUUAGACACUUUAGGUCAGAUCAUUUUUUCUUUCAUUUAUCUGGCCUCACUGACCUUCAUAUUGAGAAAACCGUGUGUGUCCCGAUGAUGACGACGAUGACCCAGACGCCGCCAUGAGGGCCGGGUCGCGCGAGGCCCCCGCUACCCGCCUCGCCCCGGCCCUUGCAGCGCCCCACAGGAAUCAAAAUAUAUUCACACACUUUUUAGGGACUGCAUAACAAAAAAAAUAUAUAAAAAAAAUAGAGGAACAUACUUUUUUGAAAUGCUUUAGUGCUGUAUCAUACAUAUAUAUUUUACAUUUGUAUAUGAAACUUACAUACCAAGAGGAAAAAUAAAAAAAAUUGCUUCUAGCCAAACCGGAUUGUAUAAGCUCCAAGUGUUGAACUUUAGUGUUGAAUCCCAUAGAAAUAAAAUAUGUGAAGGAAAUCAUUCUCCAGUACCGAAAAAAAUAUACACUACGGACGCUACGGGGAGUGUGGGGGGCGGGGCUCCCCAGGCACGAUAGGAGGCGCCCCCCGUCAACCCCACGUUGACUCAAGCCAAGCAUUGUUCCCAAAGACUUGCAAAUGAUAAAAAAAAAAUAAAGCUUGAUUAGAUGUUUGUUACUGAAACUUUUUUGAGACAAGAUGCGCAGUGUAAAAUGUUUACAACCAAUGAAAAAAGCUGUGGUAAAGUGAUUACAUUGUAAUAAAAAAAGUUAAAAUG